AAUAAAUCCUUGCACUUACUUUUUACCUUAGUUCUUAUUCGAGAUGUACCUUUAUUGAAUAAGUCAUAAUUUUCCAAACAUGUUUGCGUUAAAAAUAGCCUAUAUUGUUUUAUAAAUUGUAGAUCAGUCUGUCCAGUUUUAAUUUAGUGAGUUACGUUCAUUUACAAUGAAGGAAACAGUAAUGGUUGUGAUUGUUACAUUAAUGUUUAGUUAUGUGCAAUGUAAUUCUGAUAAUGAAAGUGAUAGCAAAAUUUUGAAGUUUGUAAAGAACGAUAGCGAGAAUGGAUAUGAUUUUGAAUUUCAAACUAGUAACGGAAUAACACGAAAAGAAACCGCCAUUUGGAAACCAACAACCCACGACGAAUCCGUACUGACCGUACAAGGCGAAUUUUCGUUUAAUUUUCCUGAUGGAUCUCCGGUUUUUGUAACAUUUACAGCAGAUGAAAAUGGCUACAGACCCAAAGUUCAAAUAGGUACACGUACAGGCGUUGUUAAAGAUGGAACCACGGUACCGCCAAAAAUGUUCCAGCUGGGCAAUAGGUAUAAUUUUGAUGCAAGAAAAGAGGGUGGAAAUCAGCGACAGUUGGUCCAGAGAAGAAAGCGCAACCAUCGACGAUUCCGGGAAGCUGGACAUCGAAGGAAACUAUUUUAUACAAUUUCCCGAGACCAAUCAGUUCGUUUUCACGACUUAUACAGGAGGUGCCAGUGGAUUUUUAUCCAAAGUAGCUUUUGGUAUAAAAGUUGCAAAAUCAGACAGAAUUCCCAGUUCAGCAAUAGCUUCACUAGCAGGAGGAGGACUGGGAUAAUGAGUUUGCUCAAAAUGGGCUUUGUUUAAACAUUUUUUACACCUUAAUGAC